AUGAAAGAAUCAGAUCGGGUUCAGCCAACCUUCAAGUUACUCUGUUACUCGCUAAGUGUUGCAUCUGUGUUCACAAAUGUUGUUUUUGCUAUAUCUUGUGACCGCAAGAGCAAUCAAGAGGAAGCGAGAGGAAGCAAAAGGAAGCAUAAGAAAACAAGAGCAAGUAAGAGCAAGCAAGAUCAAGCAAGAUCAAGCAAGAUCAAGCAAGAGCAAGCAAGAGCAACAAGAGCAAGCGAGAGCAAGCGAGGGCAAGCGAGGGCAAGCGAGGGCAAGCGAGGGCAAGCGAGGGCAAGCGAGUGCAAGCGAGGGCAAGCGAGGGCAAGCGAGGGCAGGCGAGGGCAGGCGAGGGCAGGCGAGGGCAGGCGAGGGCAGGCGAGGGCAGGCGAGAGCAAGCGAGAGCAAGCAAGAGCAAGCGAGAGCAAGCGAGAGCAAGCGAGAGCGAGCGAGAAGAAGCGAGAAGCAAGAGCAAGCGAGAGCAAGCGAGAGCAAGCGAGAGCAAGCGAGAGCAAGCGAGGGCAAGCGAGGGCAAGCGAGGGCAAGCGAGAGCAAGCGAGAGCAAGCAAGCACUCUCCGCUCCUUUCUAAUAAUAGCCUGACCUCUCUCACAAGCGAGAGCAAGCGAGGGCAAGCGAGGGCAAGCGAGGGCAAGCGAGAGCAAGCAAGGGCAAGCGAGGGCAAGCGAGGGCAAGCGAGGGCAAGCGAGGGCAAGCGAGGGCAGGCGAGGGCAAGCGAGGGCAAGCGAGCACUCUCCGCUCCUUUCUAA